CCAGGGAGCAAGGAAAAUACAAAGAUUGAAUGAAUGAAGGAAGUGACGGAGGACAGGAUGGUCAGCAACACCUGCUGGUCAAAGGGGGAGGAGAUUCAAAGGGCUAGGUUGGACGGGCGCUGAUCCUGAUACAGACACGGAGGAAAAGCACCUCUAUUCAGAUUAAACUACUCAGCACUCCAAACAGCAUUACGCAAAUACAGACACGGAGGGAGCGCAUCGCGGUCCGGGAUCGCUUACUCAGCCCUCCAUACGGCAUUACGCAGAUACAGACACGGAGGGAGCGCACCUCGGUCCGGGAUCGCUUACUCAGCCCUCCAUACGGCAUUACGCAGAUACAGACACGGAGGGAGCGCACCUCGGUCCGGGAUCGCUUACUCAGCCCUCCAUACGGCAUUGCGCAUGUACAGACACAGAGGGGGCGCACCUCUGUCCACGCCUGGCGCUUUUGGGUGCGGCGCUCGGGGUUGUGCCAGCUGCUGGUGUCACAAUAACUUGUACGCUGUUUAUCUCCGGACCUUGCUUGACAAAUGUGUAAUGCAUCCGGUAGUCAUGGAAAAGGUUGGGACCGGUCGAGCGACAGUUAAUUUUUCCGAAGUAUAUUUAUAACAGAAUUAUUACAUCCACAUUAAAUCUCGUAUGCGAUAAAGUAGCAGAUGUUUGAAUAACUAAGGUGGGGCAAGGGUUGCACCCAGCGAAUACGAAGUGGCAGACGGUCAAGGUGUAUAUACGACCUGAUAUACAGCCGUCGGUGGCUAGUUUUCCCACAUGGAAAGCCUGAUCUGACACCGUGUGGAAUCCGUGGAAUUUCCCUGCGGAAGGGGCUCCGAAAGCCUGUGAGGACUCGCCCAGGUGAGGCACAGUGGAGAGGAGACGGAGUUUCAGUACGUAUGGUGCUCUGGAUUAAUGAUAAGAGGAUAAGAACGUGCUUUCUCCAUGAAUACACGGGUAUCAGGAAGUAGCAGAGGGAUGGAUUCCCUGAAGAAGGAGCUGGAGGAGGAGCUGAAGCUGAGCACGGAGGACAUGAGGAGCCAUGCCUGGUACCACGGUCCAAUCAGCCGAGAGGGUGCAGAGGCACUGCUGCAACGUGAUGGAGACUUCCUGAUCCGCGACUCCUGGAGCAGCCCAGGGGACUAUGUCCUGACAUGUCAGUGGAAGAAUGAGCCCAUGCACUUUAAAAUCAUCCGAGUGGUGCUGCGGCCCAAGGAGGGCUACUCGCGGGUGUUGUUCCAGUUUGAGCAGGACCGCUUCGACAACAUCCCAGCUCUGGUCCGGUUCCAUGUGGGUGGCAGGAGGCCCAUCUCUGAAGCUUCAGGAGCCAUCAUCUUCCAGCCCAUCACACGCACAGUGCCUCUGCGCAUUAUCAGUGAGCGUGAGGCUAUGUGUGAACGUGGAGGCAGACUGUGCAGGUCAGGAAGGGCACAGAAGCAGCGUCCCGAGGCCAGUAAGAGACUGAGCUUCACCUCCAGCCAGAUGGACACGCUGCACCUCAGCAGUAACUUGCUCAGGAGUAAGGAUAAGAGUGGCAGUCACCCAGCCAACCUUGAGAUUCUAGGAAGAAGACCAUCUUUGCAGUCUGCUCAGUCUGACAGCAACCUGUGCUCAGGAGCAGCACCUGAAGUACCUGUGGAAGCCAGCCCCACCACCAUUUCUCCUGUCUUCCGGACAGGCAGUGAGCCUUUGUUGAGCCCUCGUAUGCCUCAACAUGUCCAGUCCUCUCAGCCAGGAGGGGGCACCACCCCGCGAGGCUCUGAUGGACAGCUGCACUCCCGGGCGCCUCCCAAGCCCCUACGGGUGUCCACCCUAUUCCCCUGCACCUCCUCCCAGACAGAGGAGGAUCCCAGCCACCCAUAUGACGAGCUUAUUCCACGUGCCCCUGUGACAGUGCUUCGCAGCCAUGCUGACCGCCUGCGGGCUGAGGAGAAGUGGCAGAGUCGAGCCCGCAUCACCGAGACCAGCUUCAACUUCCUUGAGACAGCUCCGGAGUGGGAGGAGCCACCAGAAGGAAAUGAGCCACAGUUUGUGCGGCCAGAGUUUGAGAUGUCCUCCUGCUUUCGCCUGGAGCACUUCCAUUCCCUGCUGCUUCCAGACAACAAUCGGCCUUUAGAGCCCACGGUCCUGCUGGCCCUCAAGCAGCUGUUUGCCCGCAGUGAUGCCAGGACCACGGCUUUGCAUAUCCUCAGCGUCGACUGCCAGGUAGCACGGAUCACAGGCGUGACAGAGGAGCAAAAGAGACUGAUGGGUGUGAGCUCUGGCCUGGAGCUCAUCACACUUCCACAUGGGCACCAGCUAAGACGGGACCUGCUGGAAAGGCACCAGCUUCUGACGUUGGGGUUGGCUAUAGACAUCCUGGGCUGCACCGGUACUGUGGGCCAGAGAGCUGCUGUGUUGCACAAGGUCAUCCAGCUGGCUCAGGAGCUGCGGCACACAGCCCACGACUUCUAUGCUUUCUCUGCUGUCAUGAAGGCCCUGGAUCUGCCACAGGUGGUCAGACUGGAGAAGACAUGGCGAGCCUUAAGAAGGAACCACACUGACAGUGCAGUGUCUUUUGAAAAGACACUCAAGCCUUUCAUGAAAGCUCUGAACGAAGGAGAUGUGGCCAUGGACUGUGAGUCUGCCUCUGUGCCACACCUGGUGCCACUGCUCAGGCUGAUGGAGGGAGAGGAUGCAGGUGAACACACAGGACAUGGCUGCCAACUGCUCCUCAGCAUCCUACAGUCCGCCCGUAACUCCGCUCUCAAUGCUAGGCAACACCAGGCCCACGCUCAUGCUCUGCUAACAGCAGGCUGGGAACCAAUCCCUGAGCUUUUGGAGGCCUUCCAGACAGAGUUUGCCCUUCGCCUCUUCUGGGGCCAAGCAGGGGUUAGAGCAGAGCAUCAGGAACGUUACAAGAAAUUUGAUGCGGUACUUAGUGCUUUAUCAAACAAGCUGGAAUCUGCCCAUGACUCUGACCUUUGAGUCAAUGUCAGCUCUAUCUCCCAGAUCCUGGAGGAUCCACACUAUAAGCCAUCAUGGAUGUCAAACAAACCCUUUAAUGAAGAACCCUGGCAAGUGAGAGACAGAUGCAUUAAUCUACCUAUCCAUUAUGUUACACGGAUGUAGUAGGGGAAAGCUUCUAUUAGCAGAAUUGGAACAUAGUAAGAAGUCCUUUUUACAGGUAAUGUAAAAAUCAGAGACCUUACUGGGAAUCGUACUGAACAUGGUAAGGAACAGAAACCUUUCUGGGCAUCAAUGCAGUAUAACAAUUAAAAAUUUCAGCGUGGUGUGUGGCUCAGUAGGCUAAGCCUGUGUGCUUGUAAUCAGAAGGUCACUAGUUCAAACCCAGCCUCGGCACGUCUGCGGGUCCCUGAGCAAGGCCCUCAACCCCUGGGUGCCACACGCAUCUUACUCUACAAAGAGCAAGUUGAGGGAGGUAAAAAAAAGACAAUUUCCCCACAGGGAUCAAUUAAAAAAAUAUCAGUUGUCAUAUUGAGCAUGAGGAGGAACAGAGACCUUACUUGGCAUCCGACUACAGUACAGAGCAAAGCCUGUACUGGGAAUCAGACUGGAACUAGUGCUAAGCAGAAGGAGGAACAAAGAUGGAGUUAUGUACAGUUAUGUAUCCACAGGGGACUGGUUCCAGGACCAGGUCCUUUAUAUACAAUGAUGUAGUAUUUGCAUAUAACCUGCCCACAUCCUCCAGGAUACUUUAAAUCAAUUCUAGAUCACCUACAAUACCUAAUACAAUGUAAAUGAUAUGUAAAUAUACUGUAUUGUUCAGGGAAUAAUGACAAACAAAAACUGUAUAUGUUCAGUACAGAGGCAACCAUCAUGGCCCAUAUAGAAAUUAUAAAUAGAUAAAACAUAAAUUCAUUUUCUCUCUAACGCACACCAUAACCCUAACCCUAACACACAUGAACCCUGUGUUAACACUCACCAGCACCCAAAACUACACAUAACUUCAUUUACAUGGAUUCAGUAUAGUGCUAGGUGCGUGGCAAUUUCAAGUUUUACUUUUUUUACUUUACUUUACAGAAUGUUUUUUUUCUGAAUAUUUUCAAUCCGCAGUUAAUUGAAUCCAUGGAUGUGAAACCCACAAAUAUGGAGGGCUGACUGUACUUAUCCACACUGAGGUUACCAAAUAAAUUGAUAACCUUGCCAUUCUCUUACAAUGUAAUGCAUUUUUUCUAAUAUGUUUUUAUGUUAGUUUACCUUUAUGAAACUGAAAUAAAGACCAAAUACUAUCUGAA